AUGAAUUCUCCGCAUUUUCCAUUUUACCGUCUAACGGACGAAGCUAUCAAUCUGGUACUUUGGAAUAUGGAUUUAGUUGAACAAAUUGUAUUUGCCACCCUAUCCCAGAAAUCACGGAAAUAUGUUUCCUCAUUGAAACUCUCCGCUGAAAAGACAGAACUGCGUGUGGAGAGAUCUUUCGACUUUAACAUCACUUGCCAAGGUCACUUUCUACGUAUCGAAUUCGUUAAAUACAUAGAGCACCAAAACUUUCGACGCCGAAAAAUAGUCAUACCGAACGUGAUUAAAUUCCAUAUCACCAAUACGACUACAAACGAUAUAAAAACUUAUGGAUGGAGAAACUGGUCAUUGGAUAUAAGGUAUUGGGUCGGACACUGUCUUCACGUGUUGCACAGAGAUAGAGUCAUCGAUGAGUUGGUUGUGAACUAUCAAAUGUAUGCAGUGGAGUCUUUACAACAGGCUGUUGAAGGAUUGGAAAUUGACAAACUUCUAAUUAGUGAGGCCACGCCCAUUCGACAUAUGAAAAAAGUGAUAAAAUGUAUAAAACCCAUGAAGUGGCUGCUAUUGGAUUAUAAUCCGUUUACGGUCAGAAAUGAUGUGUGCUUGAGUGAAGUCUUGAUUCAAAACCUCAAUAGACUAGUAAUAUCCCACUCUCCACACUUUUUUCUGGACGACUUGCUACUUCUAAAUGCUUCGAAUGUGAUCAUUAACAACACUGAACUAACGGAAAACGAGUUGAAUAAGUUUUUGAAACACUGGAUUGCUGGCUCGAAUCCUAGACUGGAAUAUUUGGCGAUAGGUGUCAAAAACCGUGCAAUUAAUAAGGAAGUGCUCUGGAAAGGUAUUCGAUAUUGGCAGGAGCCAGAAUCGAUUGGGUACAAGAUCAGAAGAAAAGAUGGUGCCGACGCCACAGUUCAAACUGGCAGUUAUAAAUUUAUAAUGAUUGUGAGUUAA